AUGGCGCCCUUAAUCAUAUAUGGCGCAACAGGAUACACUGGCAAGAUGGCUAGUGAGCAUGCAAAGAGUCUCGGCCUAGACUUUAUAAUCGCUGGCAGAACAGAGCAGAAACUUAAAAGCCUAGCGUCUCUACUUGAUGUGGGCUAUUCCGUGUUCGAUGUCGACCAAGGUGGCCUGAUUGAUUCAGUUUUGAAAGAUGCUUCUGUCCUUCUUAAUUGCGCUGGUCCUUUCAUGCGUACCACCAGAGCCUUCAUCGACGCGUGCAUACGAAACAAAGUGCACUAUCUCGACAUUGCAGCAGAGAUCCAAAGCUAUCAACAAGCGCAGAAGUUCGAAGAACACGCAAAAAACGCGAACGUCAUGCUUUUACCUGGAUGUGGUGGAAGCGUUGCAAUGCUAGGCUGUCUCGCCAGCCAUGUUGUAGAACAAGUCAAAAAUCCUCUCGAGAUCGAUAUUGCCCUACACGUUGCCGGACCAAUGUCACGAGGGUCAGCAAUCAGUGCAGCAGAGAACAUGACAAGUGAAUGCCUCCAGCUCGUUAAUGGAACAUUGGUUGCACAGGAUGCCAGCAACACCGCCGAGUUCGAUUUCGAUGAUGGCCGCGGGCAUGUAACGUGCUUCCCAAUAACAUUACCCGAUCUCCUCACCAUCCAGAGAUCGGCAAAUGUAUCCAACAUCAGGACUUACAUACACGCCUCUGGCGACAGCUUUCCAACCGGGAAUUUUGAUUCGCUGCCUGAGGGUCCAACUGUCGCGCAAAGAGAAGCAGCGCCAUAUCACGCGGCAGUCACUGUCAUUUCUGAAGAUGGAGUUGCCCGACGUGCCGCUCUCCACACAAUCAACGGGUACACCUUCACAUCAGUAGCAUCAGUACACGCCGCAAAACGAGUUCUAGAUGACGAGGCCAAACCUGGCUUCCAGACACCUGCUGGGCUAUUUGGCAAGGAUUUUAUUCAUACUAUAUCAGAGACAGAGAUCAAAGGCCUCUAG